AUGAGGUUUAAAUUCUCUCUCAUGGCCAUAGGCCUGGAAGUUAUUAUAAUUGUCUUAUUUGGAUUAUUUGUUGAAUAUGAGACAACCCAGCAGGUCAAUGCUACAAGAUCCACAAAGACGGACCGAUUUCUUCUUUUGUAUCCCUUAUUCCAGGAUGUGCAUGUCAUGAUAUUCGUUGGGUUUGGCUUCCUCAUGACCUUCCUGAAGAAGUAUGGCUUCAGUGGUGUUGGUUUCAACCUCUUUCUCGCUGCUCUGGGCCUUCAGUGGGGCACAAUUGUGCAGGGACUCCUUCAUGACAAAGGAAAGAAAUUUCACAUUGGAAUCAAAAAUAUGAUAAAUGCAGACUUCAGUACAGCCACGGUUUUGAUUUCUUUUGGCGCUGUUCUGGGUAAAACAAGCCCCGUCCAAAUGAUGAUCAUGACAAUUCUAGAAAUUGCUGUCUUCGCUGCCAAUGAAUAUCUGGUUACUAGCCAAUUUCAGGCCUCUGACACUGGGGCAUCAAUGACAAUCCACGCUUUUGGAGCCUACUUUGGCUUAGCUGUAGCAGGUGUCUUAUAUCGGCCUGGCCUCCGACGGGAACAUAAAAAUGAAGAAUCUGUGUACCACUCUGACUUGUUUGCCAUGAUUGGAACACUUUUCCUUUGGAUAUUUUGGCCCAGCUUUAAUUCAGCCAUUGCUGUAACUGGGGAAAAACAGUACAGGGCCAUUAUCAAUACUUAUUUGUCCCUUGCGGCCUGUGUGAUCGUAGCCUAUGCCUUGUCCAGCCUUGUUGAACGCCGAGGCAGACUGGAUAUGGUUCACAUUCAGAAUGCCACUCUGGCAGGAGGUGUCGCUGUGGGCACAUGUGCAGACAUGGAAAUCCCCCUCUUUGCUGCUAUGGCCAUUGGAAGCAUUGCUGGGAUCAUCUCUGUGCUCGGAUACAAGUUCCUUAGUCCACUGUUAGCUAACAAACUGAUGAUCAAAGAUACGUGUGGAGUCCAUAACCUGCACGGCUUACCUGGUGUCUUCGGAGGCCUUGCCAGCAUUUUGGCCAAAUACUUGGGAAUGUCUACAGUGUCUACCAUGGCUAUGCAGGCAGCAGCACUGGGUUCCUCCAUUGGCUCAGCAAUUGUUGGCGGUUUGGUUACAGGUCUAAUUCUGAAGUUACCUAUCUGGGAUCAGCCCCCUGAUGAGCACUGCUAUGAUGAUUCUGUUUAUUGGAAGGUUCCCAAGGUCAGAGAACUUGAUCCUCAGUUCUUUCAACAUGCGAAUCACAAUCACCUGGAACAUGAAGUCUAGACAUCAUUCCCAAACUCUGCGUCCUCAGCAUUACUGAGAAGAGCCAAGCUGCAGCAAACAAAAGUAUCAUAUUCCCAUACCCAGGGAUAGUGAGAGAUCCAUUCCAGGCCCCAAACGGCCAGUGUAAAAAUGUCUUUAUAUCUGAUAUUAUUCCUUGAUGUUCAAAUGAUUUUUCAAUUGACAGGAAAUUGCCCAUUAAACAGAAUGUCAAGUGGGUUCUUUCCCAGACUGGAAGAAUGACAUAGAAAAUGGCUAGAUGCAUAGUAAAUAUUUGAUUCUAUUCUAGAUAUUUUGCAAAAGAAAUAUAUUUACAUUUAAACCAACACUCCUUGGUCAUGUCAGACAUCACCCACUUUUUAAGUUAGCAUACAAAAUAGUAGUUUUCAUCAUGGCAUCUUUGGACACUUGUAUCAUUACUUUGUUCUUGUCCAUUCCCCUACCUGCUGCAACCCCUUGUAAUUCCUUACCUUCCCCAGCUGAGUCCUUCCUUUCCCCAGUUAGAUAUGGCUUGUUUUAUUACAUGUAUUCCAUCACCAUCCCUUUAAUGUACAUACCAUGUCUUCAGUUCCAAAAAGGAUAAAGUUGGAGUCAAUAAAAUGACAUAGUAAAGAAUUUAUACUACAAGAAUGAAAGAAAUCUU